UUAGUGUACUAUAGAUUUAAAAAGAAAUGUCCUGUCAAUAGGAACAACUGGGAAAGAGACUCCUUUCCUUAGUGAGAGUGAGCUGCCGGAGUGUGCUCGAUUAAACCGGAGUUUAUCAGUGAGUGAAGAGGAUGACAAAGCACUAGCAGAAGCAAUGCAACAAUCAGCUGAAGAAGCAGGAAUGUCUUAAUAGGAACUGCAAUGGUAAGACAUGGAUUGUGAAGUUAGCUGAAAAGAUUGUGAAGUUAGGCAUGAAGAUUACAAAGUUAGAUAAAGUGAUUGUGAAGUUAGGUGAAAAGAUUGUGAAGUUAGGCGAAAAGAUUGUGAAGUUAGGCGAAAAGAUUGUGAAGUUAGGCAUGAAGAUUACAAAGUUAGAUAAAGUGAUUGUGAAGUUAGGGGAAAAGAUUGUGAAGUUGGGCAUGAAGAUUACAAAGUUAGAUAAAGUGAUUGUGAAGUUAGGGGAAAAGAUUGUGAAGUUGGGCAUGAAGAUUACAAAGUUAGAUGAAAAGAUUGUGAAGUUGGGCAUGAAGAUUACAAAGUUAGAUAAAGUGAUUGUGAAGUUAGGUGAAAAGAUUGUGAAGUUAGGCAUGAAGAUUACAAAGUUAGAUAAAGUGAUUGUGAAGUUAGGUGAAAAGAUUGUGAAGUUAGGCAUGAAGAUUACAAAGUUAGAUAAAGUGAUUGUGAAGUUAGGUGAAAAGAUUGUGAAGUUAGGGGAAAAGAUUGUGAAGUUAGGCAUGAAGCUUAUUUUAGUCUAUGCACCUAGGUUUAGCUGGCCUCAAACCAUCAAUUGUGUGACACCCAUAAAUUAA